CCACACCCCCCCCCCCCACCACAGAGUAGGACAGGGGGCUGACAUUCCAGAGCCUGAUAUUUAAGCCAGCCAACCAGUUACUGCUCACAGAAGUUUCUGAGUUUACCACUGGUGAAUUAUUAGAGGAAAAAUCCAUCCAAAGCAGCAAUAAUGAGGCUGGUGCUACUGCUGCUGGCUCUGGUGGUGCUGAGUGCGGCCCAGAAGAGGAGACAGAAGCAGAAUGCAGAGUGGGACUAUAGGGCUGACGCGGAGAAGGUCAACACUAAAGGCUGCUCCAACCUCACCUUGGUGCUGGACAACUGGAAGUUUGCCAUCAUGACGCAGGUCAAGGAGCUGCUCCUCAACGACCACAGCAUGGUCCUGCCCGACUACACCAGGAUCAAACCCCUGUCUGAUGCUUUGGAUGACCUCUAUACGGAGUUUAACAGUCUGAAGGAGCGUCUGGGAGAGCUCACCACCAAGUUCGAGGGGGUGGAGGCCUUCGUGGAUGACAUGCGGGCAGGCAGGGGCCCGGCCCCCCCCAGGCCAGAGCGUCCGCCACCGGAGGAGGUGCCCCCACCCUCCAGGGAGAAGCAUCCUGGACUAGUGGGUGAAGGACCCAGGCAGCCUGCACGCAGAAACAGGGUUAUGCUUCGAAAUCCUUUGAGGAAGGUAGAAACCCCCCAGGCCUGAGCUUUGGACCCUCACUUUGAUCUCCGCCCCUUAUUCCCUCCCUCAGUCCUGUACCUAAUUCCAUUGUAUUAUAGCUGACGAGGGUGGCACUGGCCCACAUAAAAAGGCUUUCAAACACUAGAAGAGCACCUUGUAGCAUUAACAGACACUGCCACAAUGUUUCCUGGAAACACGUUUAACUCUUUUUGUCUACCCUUUCGUCUGCUGACAUCAUUGCCUUAUGUAUCCAUGUUUUUAUCUUGACUUCCUGUUUUAGUUUUUUAUGCUUUAGCCCAUAAAUAGUGGUCCAUCCAAAGUGUGUUUCUAUAGCAAAAUGUUCCCUCUCCUUUUGAAUAAUGACCCACCAAAACUAAGCAUAUGUCAUUCUUUUUUUUUGUUUAUUUUGAAAAUGUAUUUACGUAACAGUUAAAACAGUAUAGUUUUUGGCCAGUAGGUGGCAACAUGUCACAGGCGAUGAAAAUUAUAUGAAGUAUCGUUUUCUUUUUCCUGCAACUGUAAAUAUCGAUUAAUUGUAGAGAAAUGCAUCCAAUAAACGAUUUUGUUGUAUUUUU